GCUUCGACGCCGCCGAGCUCGCAAUGGUUGGUGGCAUUUAAGCUCGCGGCCCUGACAGCAUUUAUAAAAGUUCGAGCGACGAAGCACACAAUGUGGAGAAGCGAUGGAAAACGCCUGUGGUAAUGCGAUAGCACGAGCGUGGAUUCUGUCAUGCGCACUCUUCAUAAGCUUAUUGCUCGUAUGCGCCAGUACUGACUCAGGAGAGGAGGAAGACGAGAAGCCUGAACUUCCCCACUCAAGCGGGGAAACGCCUACAUCAGGAGCCCCACCAGUUACUGCGGAGCCAUGCAAUGUUUCGACCAUUGACGUUGGAAACAAUGUGCUCGUGGCGAAGACGUGCUCCUGCUUGGAUAGCGACACAGGUGGUCCUGCUUACUACUAUGAUGAAUACUACGACGACGAAGAUCCAUUAGACGGCAUUCAAGUGUCUGCCAGGAACGCCGAGGCACCAGCCAGAACUGAAGCGGAAGCAGACGCGUCCAUGGACAGUAACAACGCAAGCCUUGCUGAGCCGGCAGAUACCCCCAACAGGACGGGAUCAACACCAGCAAACGGAAUAAUAGUCAAAGACGGAACCGUAGAAGAUAAAACGCCAUGCGUGUACUCCACAAAAAACUACGGAGAAAGCAUAGCGGUUGGCCGUUGCCUCAGUGGGAAAUGCAACAGGCAGAAUCUCACUGUUUACAACCUACCAACUACCCCACGACCUGUGCAAGAUCGUUAUGCGUUGCAUUGCAAGGUGAACACAACGUUUAUAAACAGCAAGCUUCAAGUCGCAGAUGGAUGCGUCGCCAGCUGCCUUGAGGGGAAGAACCAAACCUGGAACGAAACGAAGCUCGACGAUGGACGACUAUGCGCGCUCAAGAAAGACAGUCACGAGGGCGAAUACACAAAGAGAACCGGUGUUUGUCGCAACGGGACCUGCGUCACAGCAGAUUUCACACCGUGGACUCAUCCAAACGGAUGCGUAGAUUCAACUACGCGGAGGAAUGGAAGAGUUCUUGCAGUAAGGUGCACGGAUUUUUGCAAAAAUAACUCGACGCAACGGCUACAAGAUGGAACUCCUUGUCUGCUCAAUUAUGCAAGGAAGGUGCAUGUUCCCACAGUCUCCGACCACAUUGUUGAGGGAAUUUGCAAGAACGGCCAGUGCAUCAUAACGCCUCCCGCUUUACCCAUGUUAAUGUUUCACGUUCCUGAAGAAGGCUGCGAACAUUUCGUCUCGUCCGUCAACUAUACCGAAAAAGUUGAAACGACGUGCUAUGCAUGGUGCCCAGGUAAAACGACGAAAAAUGUGAAGCGUGGAACCCGCUGUGCACUGAAAACCGCCGGUAGGUGGUGGUCAAGAGUCACCGAAGUGGGCCAAUGCUUUGAUGAUACGUGCCUCGAUAAAAUCCCAGACUAUCCACCAGCACAUGAGCAGAUCAAUGAAGAUUCGUACAACUGCAGGAAAUCGGACUACGUGACUGUCGAGCCUGCCAAGCUCGUCGUGGUGGCGUCCUGCCAGGUUGAAUGCGGCUACAGUGUGUUCGAAAAUCGCAUCGACGGUGCUAAAUGCUUGCUGGAGUACAGUCAAUCGCGGACGAAAAGGAAGUCGCAGGCAACGUUAGGCGUGUACAAAGUCGGCGUUUGCAAGGGUGGCUACUGCACUCUGGGGAAGCACCCGCAGAACAUCGCAACCGAAGACUGAGCGGUGCACACGCCGAGAUCAUAUGAAGCCCGAUGGCAGAGAUGUUCUCUAUAAUGAAGACUGGACAUGUUUGUUUAGCUGACGACGUGGCAAACUACUCCAUGUGUUCUGUGAAAUAUGUGAUGUACACAGUGAUGAGACAAACCAACAAACGGCUCAUAUAUUCAUGGACGCGUACACGCACCCAGCCUGCUCAUAGAGUAUGUAUACUUGAGUGCA